CAUGUAUGAGAUAACACUACUUCCUAGAGCACAACCAAGUACAGUAGACAAACUUCAAAUAGUAUAGUGUUAUUUCUCAUCAUAGAUCUAGAUCUAGUGUAGACUCUAAAAAUCUAAACUUUAGCAAAGCUGAAAGGAAUUUUCCAUAAGCAUAAUUUGUGAGCUUAGAUCACAUAGCGAGGUACAAUAUAGUGCUUCUACAGAUUGAAGCAAUAAUCAUAAUGGGAAAGGAUAAAAUGAGUGGCUCAUUGCGUAUGGCUAUUUCGAGACAUCAGUUGCGUAAAGUUCAAGAUAUUGUGCUCAACAAUGGAAUGCCAGUAAAUUAUCAAUUUGCGGAUGGUUCGCAUGCAGUGCAUCUUUGUGCUGAACAGGACGCUCAUUACAUACUGGAUUUCUUGCUUUCUAUGAAGGCAGUGCCUGAUAUACGAAAUCACCAUGGACAAACUGCUUUAAUGCUUGGUGUUAAACAUUCUAAGAUCGUUGAGGUUUUAAUUAAGUUUAAGUGCAAUAUCAACCUUGGUGAUAAACAUUAUAGAACGAGCCUACAUCUAUCAGCAUCUGGAGGUCAUGAUCAAACUGUUAAUAUGUUACUGGCCGCAGGAGCGAAAGUUAAUGCUGUUGAUAUUUGGGGUAGAACGCCUCUUCAUGUUACUCUCCUGAACAUUGCCAGGAAUGGCCCAUUUGUCGAUGACUAUGUGCAUAUAAUAAGGAUGCUACUUGUGAAUGGAGCUGGUGUUAAUAAGAAAGACAAUCAAAAGAAUACACCCUUGUUCCUCGCAGUGAAUUCAGGCAAUAUUGAAGUAUUCAGAACACUUUUGAGUCAUGGUGCUAAUCCCGAUCAGAUUAGUCGUCACAAUUUAUCGCCAUUGCAGCUCUCCGUAAUGAAGGGUCAAAUCGGAAUCUUCCAAUCUCUUAUCCAGUUGAACUGUGAUAUUCCUAAGGCAAUAUCAACCAAACCAGGCCAACAUUCAGCAAAUGUUCGCAAAAUCGAGAAAACAUGUUUCCAAGCAGCAAUUGAUAACAAUCAGAUAGAUAUGGCAAGGGUGUUAGCUAAUGCUGGGAGCCCGAUUCAUUGUAAUGCUUGGCUGAAUUCACGGAAAGGUCCUGGAACAAAUCAAUGGCGUGAAAACAAGGAAAUAUUUGAUUGGCUGGACUAUAUUACCCAGAAUCCAUUGUCUUUACAACAAAUAUGUCGCAUUAUACUGAGACAAUCAUUGGGAAAACUUUUACAAAAGAAGCUAGCAACUCUGAAGUUUCCUGAAAAACUCAAAGAUUAUAUUUUAUUAAAUGAUGUAUUAAAUAAAUAAAAAAUACACUAUCAUCACCGAGGCAACCUUAAAU